ACUUCUUGUUGAUGAUUGAAAUUUUCAUGGACUUUGAUUUUGAUAUUUUGAUUUUCUCCACAAACACGUCAAAAUUUUGCAAGCUCAACUAUCAGGCAGCACCAGUUGCAGCUACACAUAUACACUGAACUUGACGUUCUUAUGACAAUGCCUGAUGACUGGGACUCUGACGAGGAUGACUCAGAGAUAGAGGCCCUUGUAUAUAAUAAAAAUGACAAUGAGAAUGACAAUGAAAAUAAAAAUAAAAGUAGGAAGAAGAAUAAAUCUUCAAGUCCCGUGUAUGUAGAGAUACCUCAAGCUAUACCAGGAGCUAUUAAUCAUCAUGAAAUUGAUAAAGAAAACUUAUCAACUUAUAUAUAUCCUACUAAUUUUGAAGUAAGAGAUUAUCAAUUCAAUAUAGUUAAACGAGCAUUUUAUGAUAAUUUAUUAGUGGCUUUACCUACUGGAUUAGGUAAAACAUUUAUUGCAUCAACGGUCAUGUUAAAUUUCUUAAGAUGGUUUCCUAAUUCUAAAAUUAUUUUUAUGGCUCCUACAAAACCUUUAGUAGCUCAACAAAUUAAAGCUUGUUGUUCUAUAACGGGUAUACCAGCUCAUAAAGUUGCAAUAUUAUUAGAUAAGACAAGAAAGAAUAGACAAGAAAUAUGGGAUUCAAAGCAAGUAUUCUUUACUACUCCUCAAGUGGUUGAGAAUGAUUUAGCAUCAAAUACUGUAGAUCCAAAAUCUAUUGUAUUACUUGUUAUUGAUGAAGCUCAUAGAGCUAAGGGAAAUUAUGCUUAUAAUAAUGCCGUUAAAUACUUAGAAAGAUUUAAUAGAUCAUUUAGAAUCUUAGCUUUAACCGCAACUCCUGCUACUACAGUUGAAGGAGUUCAAGAAAUUAUUGAUAAUUUAAAGAUAUCUAAAGUUGAAGUAAGAACUGAACAAAGUAUUGAUAUAAUUAAACAUAUGAAAAGAAAGCAAUUAGUUCGUAGAACUAUUAUUCAAUCUGAUGAGAUUAAUCAAUGUAUUGAUCUUUUAUCUCGAGCUAUUUCUCCAAUUCUAAAAAUAGCUAAUGAAAGAGGUAUUUAUGAUGUUACAAAUCCUCGAUAUAUUAAUUUCUUUACAUGUUUAGAAGCUACAAAAGCAGUUAUGAUGAAUAGAUCUUUACCUCAAGGAUUAAAAUGGGCAAAUCAAAAUGUUUUACUGAUUCUUGGAAUAGUUGGUCAAUGUUAUAAACGGUUAAAUAUUUAUGGAGUUCGAUCAUUCUAUGGAUAUUUUACUGAAAAGUAUGAAGAAUUCCAACAGAAACAUAAUAAGAAUAAAUCUACUAAUAAACUUAGUGCUGACUUUUACUUUCAUGAAUCAAUCAAAGAAUUAAUGAAAAGAGCUAAGGAAAUUCUUGAUGAUGAAAAUAGUUAUAGUCAUCCUAAAAUAGAAGCUCUAGUGGAUGAAUUACAACUAUUUCUUGAUGAAAGUACUAAUAAAGAUGAUUCAAGAGUUAUUAUAUUCACAGAAUAUAGAGAAUCUGCAUUAGAAAUUGUUCAAUCUAUUGAAAAAUUAGGUAAUUUUCUUAAACCCCAUAUAUUUAUUGGACAAGCCAAAGAGAAAGGUAAUGAAUCUGGAAAAUCUGAAAAGGGAAAGAAAUCAAAGGAAACUACCAAUAGACCAACCAAUCGUACUAGUUCUGAAGAUGCACAAAUUAAUGGUAUGAAUCAAAAAUUACAGAAAGAGAUUAUUAAAAAAUUUAAAGCAGGAACUUAUAAUAUUCUUGUAGCAACAUCGAUUGGUGAAGAAGGAUUGGAUAUUGGAGAAGUUGAUUUAAUUAUAUGUUAUGAUUCUACAAGUUCUCCUAUUAAAAAUAUUCAGAGAAUGGGUAGAACUGGUCGUAAACGAGAUGGGAAAGUUGUACUUUUAUUCUCCAGUAAUGAAGAAUCAAAAUUUGAUAAAGCUAUGGCUGGCUAUGAAUAUAUUCAACAACAUAUUAUGAAAGGUGAAUUAAUUAGUUUAGGACCUCAGAAUAGAAUUAUCCCUCGAGAAUAUGAUCCACAAGUUGAAAAGAAAUUCAUUGAAAUACCUGAUGAAAAUAAAGAAUUGAAAGUUGAAGAUGAUGCUGAUGAAAUCAUUAGAAUUGCUAUACAAUAUAUGCUUGGUGGAGGAUCUAAGAAACGAAAAUCAAAUGCUAAGGGCAAAUCAGAAAAGAAACAGAAACAAUUCUUUAUGCCUGAAAAUGUAGUUACUGGAUUUAGAAGUGCUACUAGUUUGGUAAAAAGAGUAGAUAUUGAUGAGGAUAAUAUAGAUAAGCCUCGAGAAAAGGAUUUCCUUGAUAAAAUCAUGGAUUCUGAUACUGAUGAUGAAAUUUCAGGGAAGAUAAAGAAGACUUCAAAACCAGCAGUUACCCCUGAUACUUCUAAUCUGAUUGAUUUGUCUACAUUGUAUGAGGUUUCGGAUCAUAGCAGUGACGAUGAAGAAAGGGUAACGCCUAAGGCUAACAGUGUCGAGGAAUCUGUGAGUGACCCGAUUAAGGAACCAUCAGUUGAGUUGUCAGAGGUGUCAGUUCGGGAACCAGUAGAUGAACCAGUAGAUGAACUAGUAGAAGAACUAGUAGAAGAGCCAGUAGAAGAGCUCAUAGAAAAGCCAGUAAUACCACCAAUAGGAAAACCAGUGAAAGCACCAUCAAAUAAUUCAAAUAUAGUUUCCUCCGCUAAACGGGCUGCUUCAUUCAUACCACCAUUGAUUCCCAUGAAAAAACGAACGCUUGGAAUCAAAAGACCCAAAACUGAUAUCUUGGGUCAAUUACAAAAGCAAAGUAAUAAGAUAAUCAGUAAGCCCUCUGUCGAAGAAACCAUCGUCAUUGAUGAAGAUAUAAUAGAAGACGAUAUUGAAAAAGAAAGUGGAAAUACUAGUAAUCUUGGAUCUAAGGAUAACAGUAUUGUUGUGGAUGAUGGAAGUAGUGACGAUGAUUUCAACGACAGCCUUGACGAAGAGCUCUUGCAUAUUCCAAUUCAGACACGUCAGCCAUCUGAAGAGUCUGUUGAACAGCGUAUCAUGAGGGAUGAAGAAUAUCCAUUAACGUUCAACAACAAUGAGGGAUUCCUUAAUGAAGAGCAAAAAGACGAAUUGUACACUUACUAUUAUCUCAAUUUAGGUCAACCACUUGAUGCCAUAGACCCCACAAAAGGAAUAAAUUCUCCAAAUUAUAAUUUUCCUGGUGAAACAGGAAUUAUAAAGAAUAGUAAAGUUACUCAACAGUUAUUUACCGUAUUAAAGGCUGCAAAAUCUCAUACGAUUCAACAGUACAAAGAUCACAAAGACAAGUCAUAUAUCGAUGACAAAGACACGAUUGAUUAUCUUAACAAAUUCGUAGUCAAUUAGUCAUUGCUAUUCUUUAUAAAUAUUAUAUUAUAUAUUAUAUAUUGUAUUAUAUUACAUGGUAUUGUAUUGUAUUAUGUCUC